UCGGGAGUUCGUUCGUAAGAGUUUUCAGGAAAGACAAGAGGUGCGCUGGUGUUCCACUAAGCUACCCCCAGCCUUACUACCCCCACCCUUCUGUUCGAGCUCCCCUAGCUAGUGCAAAUCUCGGCGGAUGAAUGUUUUCUUAAGGGAUUCUUCCCGAAAGCGACGCGAAAAUCUGAGAGGAGUCGACAAAGCUGAAAAUUCGAAGAUUGUUCUAAGAAGGUACCAUAAUGGAGAGUGGAAGUAUCUUGAAUACCCCAGGUAAUUACCCUGGUGGGGAUCGUCAACAGUUUUGCGUUUCCUGGAAUUCUCAUCAGUCGAAUAUGCACAGUGCGUUUCCUAAAUUGUUAAGUUCCGAGCAAUUUGUCGAUGUCACUUUGGCUUGCGACGGAGGUUCGAUAAAGUGUCACAAAGUGGUAUUGUCAGCCUGUAGCGAUUAUUUGGAACGUUUACUGCUAGAAAUACCAUGCACCCAUCCUAUUAUCUUUUUGAGAGACAUGAGAAUGUGGGAACUUCAAGCUUUGGUGGAGUUCAUGUAUCGUGGAGAAGUGUACGUGGAGCAACAGCAGCUGGCAAAGUUAAUGCAGGCUGCUGAAGUAUUACAGAUUCGUGGUCUAUCGACCCAAGGAAACGAUAACACUUUGAGCGAAACUAUUCCUCAACAGUGCGAUUCGAAUACUCCGUCGGCUGCUCCAUCUACUACCACGCAGCAGGAUGGAAUCAAUUUUAAAACGGAGGAAACUCAUUCGGACGACGGAACAUCGAAUGCUAAUUUUCUGGAGGCUACGUCGAUCGCCGCAUCUAGUACAGCCAGUGCGCCAUCGCACACUAGCACUCCGGUGUCGCAGAACCCAAAUUCGUCGAAUUUUAUGAACAUGGAGCACAGCGAAGCGCUCCAACAUUUGGAAAAAGCGCUCAGCGCUUGCGAAGCGACUCUAACCGAGACCCAGGGAAUGGUAAAGAUGGAACCGGACGAGCAAUUUACUCAGCAACAGGAUGUAAAACCGUACUCGAUCAGUAUGGUACCGAGCAGUAAUUGUAAUCCUAGUAGCCCGUUUCCUGCAAUCGAAGGUUACCAGAGACGACAAAGACGUUCGGAGGAAGAAUUGAAACAAGCUUCGGACAUGGUGGCACGUGGUAUGACGUUUCAAGUUGCUUCGGAAAAAUAUAAAAUUCCGAUAAGUACGAUUCGAUUCUACAUGGUUCGAAAAGGUAUAUUGCAAAGGCGAAAACGCGGUCGUGGUUCAAGCAAUCUUGGCAUGAACAGUCAGCCAGGAAGCCCGGCAAGUCCGCCGUAUCAUAUGAUGAAUUAUCGUUUGCCAGAGAGCCUAAACUCCAGCCUACCGUAGUGCUAUAAGAGAAGUAGCGAGUUUUUAGACUUGAGUUGAAUCGAACAAAUUUUUUAUUGCCGUAUCGGAGCUGUUCCAGACUGUCAUUCUUCCCAUGCUUAUCGACUCACACUGAGUUAUCCAUUCUUUUCACUCCAUCGUUCACGACCGGAAAAACGGUCACGCAUAUCUAUUGCGAAUGCGUUUUCGCCGAAUAAUUAACUAUUCUCCAUACAUUUAUUGCAUUUACAAAGAAGAUAGUAAUUUAAUAGAGAAUAAUUGACAAUGUGUACGUAUCGUACACGAUAGGUAUGAUUUUAGUCUAGAACAGCUCGACUCCGUGUACAUAAGCAGCACCAUACGCGAGCUUUCGGACGCAGCAUCUAGACAAAAGGAAAAAGUAACGAGAAAUAAUGGAAUUAGAAGCAGAACGCGCGAAAGAGACUUGUCGCGUCGGCUGUUUUUUCGAGGUUUCUCCGAGUUGUUCUCGAUCAUUUUGCCAAUUAAUUUUUUGAAACGAAUAUUUUCCGCGACGUCGUUUGAUUCGAUCGAGUACUAUCUCGAUUCUUGAUUUUUGAUUUUCGACUUUCGUUGAUUUUCUUUUCUCUGUCGCGACGACGUAAAAAGAAAGAAAACAGAAGAGAAGAUUGUGAUGCGACAAGUGUCGAUGCGGCGCUCGAAGGCCACUCGUACGGUUCAGUUUUGGGCCGUGUUCCGUUCUUCUACUUAGUGACACAUACACCUUGCGUACAUGGAUAGCGUAAGAGGUAUUUUUUUGAGUCCUAUACACAGAUUGCUACAACAGAUUUACAUAACACGGUUCAUAGAAAAAGAUUGAACGCGUCACGCGAACCAUAUUUUUACGAUCGCUCGAAAAAUCUUUUUGAUAAUACGUAUCCGUAUAGGGUAGAUUCUUUUUUAUUACGUAUUUAUAUACAUAGAAGUACACACGCACUGACAUACACCACGUAACACGGACAUGCAUUCACACGCUCCCGGACACGUACACACGUGCUCACGUGCACACACGGAUAGACGGGGCGGAGAAGAGAGGAUGGGUGCGAGAGAGGUAGAUAUAUAUAUAUAUAUAUAUAUAUAUAUAUAUAUAUAUAUAUAUACACACAAUAGAUAUAGACACGGACAGAGACAGGCAUACAUACGAUACCAGAGACACACACCCGCAUACACACGCGCGUGCGCGCGCAAACACGUCGGUAACAUACGUAUGGAUUGUGUUGGUUGUGUUUAAGAGUGAACCGGUGGUUACAGUUCAUCGUUAAUAGGAGAUUAUAGCAUUUUGACUUUCUCACUAUCUAGAUAUUGUUUCGUUUAAUUUGACGCGAAAUCAAGCAAGACGAGAGAGAGAGUAGUAGAGGUUUGCGGUUGAGAAAAGCUUGUUAUAAUAUUACAAGAAGAUCGUAGGCUUUGUCCAUGAACGAAUUUUAGUCACUACGUUCAAGACUGGUCGUACACGGCUGAUUCCCAACCACGUCGAAUUUGAUUAUAUACUGGAAAAUCUGAAUUGAUUAUACCGAUAUUUUUGUAGAGACCUUGUCGUGGUACGAGUCUUCUUUCUGCCUUCAUACAAGUGCUCGCGCUCCAAUCUAAUUCACCCGUACAUAUAUAUACAUUUAUAUAUAUGUAUAUUAUUCUUGUAUCAACGUACAAUCGUACAGUCGUACACAGGUAUAUACAUAUAUGCAUGCGCAUGUGCACCGAUGCACUCACGCACGCAUUCACGCACGCACGCAGCCAGACAUAGGCACGUACCCACGUAAACGUACCACCACUUGCUCGGGACUCGUGCUCGAACACGUACACGUACACGUACACACAACAACACCGUCGCUACAAAGCGUAGAUACGCGAAUACAGGAUGAAAUGUGCGUGCGUGCGUGCGUGCGUGCGUGCGCGCGCGCAUUUCUACACAAGCGUACACAUGUAUGUGUACAGGAGAACGUAGACGCGCGUUAUACGAAUAUAAUAUAAUAAUACAUGUUGGUAAUUGUGGAAGCUCGAUACUCGGUACUCGGUACUAAAAACGGUUGGUACUUGUUCAAAAAGUUUACGGUUUAGCUUAUAAUCGAAAAACUUAUAAUCGAUCGUCAAAAUUGACCAGUUUUCAUGAAAGCGACCAAACUCGGCUUUUUCGAUCGUUUUGUGAAUCCUGGAUUUGCCUUUUCGAAAGAUUAUAUAAUUAGAUAUCGAAGAUCGGUGGCGCGCGUUCGGUCAACCAGCAACUGCGCGUCUAUACUAUACAUUAUACAAUACGUGUACAUAUACUUUUUAACGAGUACAUUGGAACUCGUUCGCGCGUACGCGCAUACAUACGUACGUACACGGGGUUGCGUAUCUCUGCAGGCUUGCAUGCAUGUACGAAUGCACGUGCGCGCAUUUAUGCACGUACGUGUACAUAUACAGACGUAUAUAGAUUCUCGCGUGCACUCGGUCGCGAAAGAAACAAUAUACGAUACGACGGAUGCCUUGUCACCGUUUCGUGUUUUCGACUAGGAUUCUGAUUUCGAAUCGUUACGAUAAAGAAUAAGAGCGUUUUGGAGCAUGCACCUAGCAACAACACGAACGAUUGAUGAGCAUAUUACCCGAGUAUAUCUAUACAGAGAACGUACACGCGCGCACAGAAGGUACUCGGACGCGAACACACACACACACACACACACACAUACGCACGCACGCACGCACGCAUACGCGCACACGUUGAUCACAAGGGACAUAGGACACGACAGGAGGACAUUGACACAAAUGUAACGUAAUCGUACAGUGUAUUGCCUUUGUUAAAUAGCAUUCGGAUAAAGCCAUAUUUUUCCAUGCAAUGCAAUAAUCCAGCAAAAUAAAUUACCGUAAUUGUGAAACAGCCUAAAAUAGGGAAGAGUGCCAGAUAAAACAGAGAAAAAGAAUGAGAA